UAUCAUAAAACAGAACAAGAAGAAAUAGAGAGAACACAUCAUGAGUGGCUAUUCCAAAAUGGAUUCAACAGACGAGAAACCCCACCCGGUCGAUCACCAGAUCCAGAAGCCCGAUCCGGAACCGAUUGAAACGAGAGCGAAGCUGAGCAGGAACAGGUCAGUGUCUGCAUCAGGGCAAGCGGUUCCUUCAAAGACUGCUAUGUCCAUGAGAAGAUCUUCGUCUGUCUCUGAACGCUACUGUAGAAUCUAUGACCAGAGCUCUGCUACGUGGCCUCUUCCUUUCCAUGAGGAAGAUGAAGACGAAGAAGAUGAUAAAGAGAAGGUGCAGAAGAAGAAGAAGAGCAACAAUAUCAAGAAAAAAGCAUUUCUUAAGGCUUGUAAGCGAUUUUUUGGUAUCUCUUGAGCAAACCUUUUUGUUUUCCUCUAUCUAUCAUAUAAUAUAAGAUCUGUUUGUUAUUUUGUUCGUUUAGAGUC